UGCAUAAUUUAUAGACUAUAGUAUAAACAUAACUUUUUAUAUGCACCAAGAAGCCAAAAAAUUCAUUUGACUCUAUUGCAGCGGUGUGGAACGCAGCAGGCAAUGUGUUCGAAGUAUGCCUGUCCACACAUGAAUUUUAAGGAAUUGGCUCGUGAUUACGAGGGCCGGCAUGUCUGAAAUUUGUAGAAGUGGAGCACAGGCUGGAAAUUCUAGGAAACAUUGAUGUUGCAGUCUUAAGUCCAAAAUCUGCAGGCUGGACACUCAAACAGUGUUACAAUCUUGAGGCAGGUUUGCUUCUUAAGGAAACCUCAGUCUUUGCCCUUAAGAGUGGAUUUGCAAAAAAACCUACAGCUUUGUACUCCAUCUUCUACAUACUUCAUCAUCACAAUUCUGCUGAGAUAGGUGUUAGUAUAUUUAAUUUUAAGAUGAAGGAGCCCAGUCUCAGAGAGAUGAAGUGAUUUGCUAAGAGUCCCCAGUGAGUAAGAGGCUUUCUUUAAGGUUAUCUGUUCUGUGCAGAGCUGUCUUUCAAUAUGAGGUAGUCCUUGCCCUUAAGAUGCUUUUGGAUCAGGCUAUACUCUCCCAUCCUUUAUUUAAGGCUGCUUGCUCUCACAUGUGCCUUCAGAGAGGAAAUAGCUGGUCAGGGACAGCACUGUCAUGUGCUAGGCUCAGUAGAUGGACUCCACCACCCAAGAGAUGGCCUGGUGUUCUUGCCUCUAGCCAGUGUCUCCUGAUUUCUUGUCUAUGCCCCAGAGAAAAGCUUCUCUUUAAACAUUCCUCUUCACACUUCUGCUUCCUUAAAACCUUUUAACUACCAGAUAUUUACUGAGUACAUAGCUUGGGCCCAGCACUGGUCUGUGUUCUGGGAGAUACAGCAAUAACCAUAGUAGAGCCCUUCCCUUGUAGAGCUCACGUUUGAGCACAGCGAUGGGCAGGAAAGCAGUGGGGAAAUAUAUCUAUAAGGGUGAUAGGUACUAUGAAAAGAAGAAAUCACAGGACAGUGGUGGUUGGAAGGGGGAAUCUUCUUACUCUGAGAAGAUGGGUCCCUUCUUUACACUCAUGUCCUGCUCUCCCUCCCCAGUCUGGAGAUGUAUCUGUCCUGCUGGAAAAUGAGAUUUUUCAUUGACUUAGUGAAGAAAGUAUGACAUUCAGGUGACUGGAAAGGUAAAUAAUGCAGUAUGUAAAGUAAACAAAACCAGUGCUUCUGAAAGCAGCGUUUCCCACACACUUAAGUAACAUAAUACCAAAAUGCGUUUGGGUUUCUAUAGUGCAGUUCCCUUUAUCAGGGAGCCAACUUUCAUCCUGCUUAUCUCUGGUGCUUUUGUUUGGCUUUUGCUCACCGAGGCCCUACAGAGCCAUAUAAAAAGACCUAAGAGAGCCUGGCUGAAGUUUCUCUUGCAGGAAGGCCCCGGUUCAGGACUCUGGAAAGGGUGGUCUCUUUUGUUCCAGUUCACAAUGGAUUGGCUUCAGUUUUUCUUCCUCCAUCCUGUAUCACUUUAUCAAGGGGCUGCUUUUCCUUUUGCACUUCUGUUUAAUUAUCUCUGCAUUAUGGAUUCAUUUUCCACCCAUGCCAGAUACUCCUUUCUCCUGGCUGGAGGAGGCGCCCUCGCCCUGGCUGCCAUGGGUCCCCUGGCCGUGCUUGUCUUCACCCCUGCCCUGUGCGCCGUGGUUCUGAUGCACAGCCUCAGCCCGCGGGAUGUGCACAGGUGGGCUUUCGUCUUUCAGAUGAGCUGGCAGACACUGUGUCACCUUGGUCUGCACUACACCGAGUAUUACCUGCAAGAACCUCCUUCCACGAGGUUCUGCAUCACUCUUUCUUCCCUCAUGCUCUUGACCCAGAGGGUCACAUCCCUUUCUCUGGACAUCUGUGAGGGGAGAGUGGAGGCAGCAUCAGGAGGCAUCAGGAGCGGCAGCAGCUCUUUGGCUGAGCAUCUGUGUAAGGUGCUGCCCUACUGCAGCUACUUGCUCUUUUUCCCUGGUCUCCUAGGAGGCCCUCUGUGUUCCUUCCAGAGAUUUCAAGCUCAUGUUCAAGGGUCCAGCAAUCUGUGUCCCAGGCACUCUCUCUGGGCUCUGAGCUGGAGGGGUCUGCAGAUUCUGGGGCUGGAGUGCCUGAAGGGGGUCAUGAGGGGGGUGCUGAGUGCAGGAGCAGGACUGACCGACUGCCGGCAACUCCAGUGCAUCCACGUCAUGUGGUGCACAGCCGGGCUCUUCAAACUCACCUACUACUCCCACUGGGUCCUGGAUGAUGCCCUCCUCAGGGCAGCAGGCUUUGGAUCCCCUGGAGAGGAGGGAUACAUCCCUGAUGCGGACAUCUGGACACUGGAAACAACUCACAGGAUAGCCCUGUUCACCAGGAAGUGGAACCAAAGCACAGCUCAGUGGCUCAGGCGCCUCAUAUUCCAGCGCAGUAGGGCCUGGCCACUGUUGCAGACAUUUGCCUUCUCUGCCUGGUGGCAUGGACUCCAUCCAGGGCAGGUAUUUGGUUUCCUCUGCUGGGCUCUGAUGGUGGAAGCUGACUAUCUGAUUCACACCUUUGCCAAUUUGUCGAUCAGAUCCUGGCCGACGCAGCUGCUCUACAGAGCUCUCACAUGGGCCCACACCCAGCUCAUCAUUGCCUAUAUAAUGCUGGCCGUGGAGGUCAGGAGCCUCUCCUCUCUCUGGCUGCUGUGUAACUCUUACAACAGUGCCUUUCCUGCGGUGUACUGUAUUUUGCUUUUUCUAUUAAUGAAGGGAAAGCAUAAAUUUAACUGACAUUUUUCCCCAGCCUUCAUCUACAUCCACGAAACAGUUUAUAAAGUGCCAGGUGGUACACUGGUGAUGCAUAUGUUCCAACUUUUCCAUAAUAAAAAGGUAUUUUUUAAAAUAUUGGAUGUACCUGAUGUCUUGUCAUAGAAUUUUGUGCAUCCACCUUAACCACCUAUUACAGUGGCACUGAGGAUCCAAAGAAGAAAAAGACAUGGUUUCCUCCCUUAGGGUUUACACCUUAGGUGUAGAAGCAAAGUUGAAAUGAAAUGACACAUAAAAACAUAAGGUACUGUGACCCAAAUGGCAAAUGGUACAUUCGCGGACAUCUAAAAAUGGAGUGUGCAUUUGGUCCAGCUGAUCCUGGAACAUGAGUUUAACAAGACAAAGACAACAGUGAAACAAAACUUAAAUCAUAUUAUCAUACUGGUUUGCUCCAGGAACUAGAGACUCAUAUGCUAUCCACAGUAACAUGAAGAAUUUGGCCUGAGAACAGAAAAGCGGGUAUUGUCUUGGCGAUGUUAAUAAACUGAAAAUGCAGCUAGGACUUGAUAACUGCUAUUGUUAAAUAUAAACCUGAUUCAUGAAAUAAUUCACAUGAAGAGACCAAUAGUUAAGUCAACACUGUUGCAGUAAAACAUUGAGGGUCUGGUUUCUUUUUCUUGGCAUAUCCAAAAUAACUCCCUCUACUUCUUCCUCUGAGGGGAUAUAAAGUGUAACGAGAGAAAGAUGGCAGGACCUCCAAGUGACAGUGAAGCAAUGUCAAUAACGAGCACUUUCCCAGUGUCUCUGCAGGCCACCCGGGCUCUUACAUAAUUACUAUUUUUGUUUAAAUCAGUUUUAACUCAGCUUACUUUCAAAACUGUGCCCUCUUUCUAAGCAAUGACAUUGAUGAAAAUUGUGUUUUUUAGUAUAUUUAUCAUAUUUCCUAGUACUCACUAAAAAAAUACAUAUGUGUUUAAAUGAAUAACGUUUAUUUGUGCACUGCUAAAAAUCAUCCACUUACCCCAGGAUUACACCCAUCCCACAACAGGAGGCACUGUAGUUUCUAAGCUUCCAGAACCAAUCAUUUUCAUCCUUCUCCAAAUAUAAAACGGCAAGUAAGCUUUUAAUCUUUAAAACCUGACAAAGAUAAUAGUAAGUUAGAAGGUAUGGAUCACUGAGAAAGUCCUGUCAGUAUCACUCACUAGCAUUCAGGCAAACAAGCAGCCCAGUCUUAGUGGACAGAACAUCACAAGAGCAGCGAGGGCCUGGAAGAGGGGGUGUGAAUCUGUGGUGGCCUUAACCAGCACUUCUCUGCUUUCCCUCACUGCACUCGACAGCCCCGAGGAGAUGGCAUUGACAAAUGGGGUUCCCAAGGCUGGAGACAGUCAAGGGGGAAACAGUGAAUAGCCAUGGGGGUGCUAAAGGACUCUUAAAACCACUACAAACCUAUCACCAAAAUGAUGACCCUCAGAAUCCACCCCCGAGACCAAGUGGGAUGGUGGUGGUAGGGGUGCUGUAAAUGGGGAGACAAGCUAAAUAAUCACUGCAGCAUUAGUAUAAAAGAAAAAGUUCCAACAUUAGGAGAAUGGUUAAGCAAAUUAUGAGGGAUUGUUACUUUUAAUAGUGUGCUUUAAAACUACUACUUUAUGAUAAUGAGAAAACUGUUAUAAUAGUAAUAAAAAAGGAAAAAACAGAAAAGUUUAAUGCAAGAAUAAAAUUAGCGAUUAUUCUUGAAAAUAGGCAAUUGCUUAUUUAACAGUGUGGAUGGUAAUUUAUAUCAAGCACAUUAGCACAUAACUGAAGCUAAUAAUGAAAAUCACAGGUUGGACAUCACUUUCCCCAGUGGAACUUGUGGGGGAGGGUGGGAGAGUACAUCGCGUGGUGCAGACACACUCACUACCAACCCGUCCUGACUCCACCUUGAGAACUGGUAAAGAGCAAAGAGGAACCAGACCUUCUGUGAAGGUAGAAAUGGAGCAGAAUUGAUGAGGAUAAGUAGAAGGAAAGGACUAUAAAUGAGAAAGGGGAGAAUGAAGAGAAAGGAGCCAAGUAGCAGGAAACACUAGACUCAAAGGAUUUAAAUCAGAAGUUAAAGUACAGGACAUGAGGUUUUGGGGCAGAAGGACAAUAAGAGUGUGAAGAAAAGAAGGGUGUGGUCUGUCUUGUAGGAGUUUACUUCCCCACCUCUUCAGGUCAGGCGUGGGUGUGCGGCUUGCUCUGGUCACCGAAAUGGGGGCAGAGGGGGUGUGUACCCCCAGGCGGAAGUUCUAAGAGCCAAUGUGUGCUCUCCAUGCUGUCUCCAAGAGCUUGUCGCGCUCCCAGUGGAGGGUGCUGUCAGCCCAGGCUCGAGCGAGUGGGCUGGGAGCACAGGCACGGCCCGUCUGCCACACACACGUGGUGAGCGAGAAACGAAGCUUUGUUGUUCUGUGUCCUGAGAUUUGGGCAUCCUUUGCUACUGCAGCACACCUGAGCCUAUCCUGACUGGUACCAGAAGCUCUUCUAACACAUUCUGAUGGUUACUUGUAAUCGGCCUAGACAGAGAUCAAAAUCCAUUUUCUUUGUGAAGCAUUCUGUCCUCCCUUCUGCUGUCGCACACUUCUACUCACCCAGCCACUCUGUAGACAGAAUACAGUGGAGAUCUCUGAGACGCUUUUGUCUGUUCUCACUAUACCUUCCACUUCAUUUACUUUGUAGGCCUGGUGCCUGGUUCCAGCAGUCUGUAGAAUUAAUAAAUGCCCAUGUGGACUCUGCAGUGUUCCAGGUGGGAA